AGGGGAGGGUACAAGUUACAAACACGAAAACGAUUGUCCAAAUGGACGGGGAGGAGGCGGGAGCAGACAGGCAUGUAAGGGGCCGUGGAAAAAUCUAGACCUUAGUUCGGAUGCGCAGCCAGUGGAAGGAGCCCCUGUCUGAUCCAUAGCAACACGCGCGAGCCUGUGUGGAAGGAAGUCAGUGUGUGAUUGUCACUUGGUGAAUAUGGCAGAGAAGCCAGUGUGCACCGCUCAGGUGAACGUCAGUUGUGUCAGUCAGAGCAACAGCUGCAUCAGUAUUGUGGGAAGCAACAACAGCAAUAGUGUUCCAGUUCUCUUCUGCUUCUCAGUAUUUGCCAGACCAUCCUCUGUACCGCACGGCUCAGGCUAUGAGGUUCUGAUACAGAAGUUCCUCAGUCUGUAUGGGGAUCAGAUAGACAUGCAUCGCAAGUUUGUUGUGCAGCUCUUCGCUGAAGAAUGGGGUCAGUACAUCGACCUGCCCAAGGGUUUUAUAAUCAGCGAAAGAUGCAAGAUCAGACUGGUGCCCCUGCAGAUCCAGCUCACCACCCUUGGGAACCUUACACCAGCAAGUACGGUGUUUUUCUGCUGUGACAUGCAAGAGCGAUUUCGGCCUGCAAUUAAGUAUUUUGGAGACAUAAUCAGUGUAGGACAAAGACUGCUCCAAGGAGCACGGAUUUUAGGAAUACCAGUUAUUGUCACAGAACAGUAUCCCAAAGGUCUUGGAGGUACCGUCCAGGAACUUGACCUUACCGGAGUGAAGCUUGUCCUCCCAAAGACCAAGUUCUCUAUGGUUUUACCUGAAGUUGAGGCCGCAUUAGCAGAACUCCCAGGAGUACGCAGUGUUGUGCUUUUUGGAGUAGAAACACAUGUAUGCAUUCAGCAAACGGCAUUGGAUUUGAUUGGCCGAGGGGUAGAAGUCCACAUUGUGGCUGAUGCAACCUCUUCAAGAAGUAUGAUGGAUAGAAUGUUUGCUUUGGAGCGCUUAGCACGUAAUGGAAUAAUAAUUACAACAAGCGAAGCGAUACUCCUACAGUUGGUAGCUGACAAGGACCAUCCAAAAUUCAAGGAAAUCCAAAAUCUUAUCAAAGCAAGUGCUCCAGAGUCAGGGCUUCUUUCUAAGGUGUAAGGAAAAGAAUUAACGGUAAACAACUUUGUGUUCUUAGCUCAGAUGCAAGAUUAUUUCCAAAAAUAUUUUAUUGUAUGGAUAUGUCAUUAUGGUAAAGGGUCCUGUUUUCCUCAAGUUGUAAGAUCUAAUGUUGACAUUGUAAGUAGCUGCUUUUGUGUUAGGUUGCAAAGUUGGACUUGACUUGAGAAAGGGUGCAUAUGCACGUCACUAGCUUCCAGAAUGUUUUCAAUUGCAUUGCCCAUUGGGUAUAGUGAAGCAGCUUCUUCUUAAUUCCAUUGGUUCAUGAGUGGCCUGCUCCUCAAUAAGAUUUACUUGAUGUCGCUGAAAGCUCAUUUAUAAACACUGGGCAAAUUUGCAACUGGGCAGUUACACAUGGCAACCAAUCAAAUGAUUGCUUUUACUGUUCAACCUGCAGCUGGCUGAUAAAAGCAAAUAACGGAUUGGUUGCUAUGGGUUACUGCACAAGUGCAAAUUUUCCCAGUGUUUAUAAAUGAGCCCCAUUGUCUCUAGUGAGAGUGAUAGAGCAGGGUCUGCUUCUCCUUCUUUGCAAGUUACAAAAGAAGCAAAUGUACCAAUAAUCCUAAAUAUGCAUCUGCAAUAAACAUGUCUAUAUGCAA